AUGUCUGUAGCGAAGACGACGAUGCGCUCGGCGGCAACGAAUUUUGUCCAAAGCCCCUAUUCUCAAUCCGACAACGCCGGUUCUACGGGCAUCGGUGUCCAUUCGAACCCGGAUGAGCCUGUGAUCGAAGAAGUGGACGGACUUAGACUGUUCACGCCGAUGAAGACAAUUGGCGCAAGCUCCAUCGAGCAUCGAGCUCGCCGAUAUGAUUACAAGCCACCUGCCCUCCGCUUACCCGCUCUACUGUCGUGUCUCGCAAAUACCUUCGCUCUUCUCGGGCUGCUCCAGUAUGCAACCUUACAACUACCGCAGAAGGAUCGAUUUGACAUUCCGUGGCGGGAUCAAGCGACCGCACAACCCCAGAGAUCUGCAGUCCUAAGGCGUCAGGCUACCUACUCGACGACGAAUCUACCUACGGCUACGCCUACGACUGCAGCCGUGGCCAUCACAAGUUUAGUGGCAAGUCAAACGACAACGAGUGGGCCUAGUGCUCCUACCCAGACCUUUGGAGUGGCACCGAAGUCAAACUAUGUUGAUCCUGACAAGACAGUCACAGUCGAGGAUGGCUUCGGUGACAUACCUCAGGACGAUGUCGAAACUGGCACAUACGGAGGGCAGACUGCAGACAGAUCAAAUUAUGUCGCCACAAGGACCACCGUCACAGAGGCCGAUGCUACCAGCAGUGCUACCAGCAGGACAGCCUACGUCUCUGAUGGAACGCGGGUCGCAAUAGCGACCAAUAGCGGCGAAACGUAUAUGCCUGAAGUCACAACGAUAGCCACCUCCGCGGCCACUGUAGUAGAGAUGCCGACCACUGUUACGUUUGUGUCAACGCCUCCUGGCCAGACGGUCGCUCAAACAUUCACCAUCGCGACAUCGAUCGACAGCACGAUUUACAAUUUCUUCGAUAUCACAUCGACGCUCUCACCAGCCAUGCCAUCGGAUCAGCCAGUGCGACCACAGAAGGAUAAACAUCAACCAGGCAAGCCCAACGAUGUUGGUACCAGCACCUACACAUGGACGCCAAUGGAUGUGUUCAUCAGCAGAUAUCUUGGAGUUCUGUUGGCUGUCACUUAUCGCAUGUUGCUAACGAUGAUUGACAACGCCUCACUUCUGGUGGAGCCUUUUCGUCAGCUCGCUGCUGAUGGCUCUGGCGUGCUAGCGGAACGAGCAUUAUUUCACUUCUACCACAAGCAGGCAGUCGACCUUAUUGGAUCCUCUCCAAGCCGUCCUCCAUAG